GAGCGGAUGCUAAUAUCGAACAGUGAUAGUGAACAGCAACGACCAGUAGCAGCAACGAACGCCAGCGAGGAGCUGAACUUUACCGCCUUCAUCGACCUGUGCCGGUUCUGUGCCAUCAAGAGCGGAUCACGGUUCUGCAGCCUGUUUGACAACCGGGAGGCCGAGCAGCGCCAGCUACUCUUCAAGAUACGCACCGUCCUACCGAUCGUGAUCACCAAGGAGGACUUUCUGCCGAAGAAGAUUUGCGAGCGGUGCAUCCACCAGGUCGAACAGUUCUUCGCCUGGCGUACCAACUGCGUGCAGACGGAAAUCAUCCUGCGUAAUUACGCCGAGUCCAUGCGAGUCGUGUCGGCUACCAUUAACUUUCAGGAUGGAACAGUGAAUGUUGACGAAAUGACUCCAGCACAGAAGAACGCCUACCUGGAAGCGCACAUGGCCGUGCAGCAGCAGAUGGCCCAGGCUGCCCUGCAAUUGCAACAGCAGCACCACCAGCAGCAGCUGCAACAGCACCAGCAGCACCUGCAGCACCAACAGCAGCAACUACAACAGCAGCAACAGCAACAGCAACAGCAGCAGCAGCAGCAGCAGCAGCAGCAACAACAGCAACAGCAGCAGCACCAACAACAACACCAUCAGCACCAGGAAAUCCAGAACUAUUCGCGCGCGGUGAAGAAAGCGAAAACCAGCCACGACAGUCACGCCUACCAACAUCAGCAACACCAGGCGCCUCCAACCCAGCAGCAGCACCAGCAACACGCGCACCAGCUGCCUCCCGGAAGUACGCCCUCGGCCCUGCCGAACCCGACCGUCAGCCACUACGCAAGCACAAUCAAAGUGCCGCAGAUCAACGCCGGUUCGCUCGCCAGUGCGACCGGCGAGUCUGCAGCGGUUUCGGCUGCUGCUGCCGCUGCGACUACAACUGCCGCCGCCACCACCGCCACCGCCGCCGCCGCCGGGAGCAGCAGCAGUAGUAGUAGCAGCGGCAGCAGCACCUUCACCGUGCCGGAUGACGUCGGUAUGGGCUUUGAAGGUGGAGUACGCGUUCUUCAAAGUUUGGGGAAUUGGUCACCGGAGAUUCCGCCCAACAUACCCCGCCCUAAUCUGAUACCUUUUACAGAGCCGUACGCAGAGGGCGGCUCCAUGCAUCCCGCCACCCGGCUGAAGGCGCUCCAGCAGGUCCAGCAGUCGUCCGCGUCGGCCUCCUCGGGCACGUCCUCCACGGGACGCAAGGGCCAGUCGAGCAAGGCGAAAGCAGCCAACGCAACGACCAACACGGAUACCGGGGCCACCGCCGCACCUGCCGGCCCACCCAAGCCGGUCUUCGAGUGUACCGUGUGCGGCAAGGGGCUGGCCCGCAAGGACAAGCUCACGAUCCACAUGCGCAUCCACACCGGCGAGAAGCCGUACGUCUGCGAGGUGUGCGAUCGGGCGUUCGCGCGCCGCGACAAGCUGGUGAUACACAUGAACAAGUUCAAGCACGUCACCCCGACGAACAUAGCGCCCUUGGGCAAGCGUCAGAACCGGACGCUCACGAUAGCAAAAAAAGAAGAGUUCAAAACCGAAGACAAUAAGCCCAGCAUGCUGGUCGACCACCAGGCGCUAGCUACUCAAACGCUGACCAACGUGGUCAAUAACAUUGCGGCCCAACAACAGCAGCAGCAGCAGCAACAACAAGCCCAGCAUCAGCCACAUCAGCACAAUUCACAAAUAACUCAACAGCAGCAGGCGGUCGUUCCUUCCAGCCAGCAGCAGCAGCAGGCUGCAUCCGACGCAGCGCAGCACAGCGGCCACAAUGUCAUCCAACAGCAGCAGCACCAUCCGCUAUCGUGGAACUGUGAACUGUGCGGCCGAAUGUUCAGCAACAGGGAAGAGUGGACGCUGCAUGCCAAAAGUCACUUAGAGUAUUGACAGAAAGAAAAUAAACUCAAACAACUCGUGGAGCAAAAGAUCGCAUACCAACGGCGGACGGCUCCUCCAGCGUGCGGCUCGAUAGGACCCGGUAGGCCGCCAUCAACAUCCACCACUGAUCCAACCGAUAGAACCGGCCCGACACUGAGCGAUUACCUAGCAAGUAUUGUACCGAAAGCGAGUGAAGCGGUCCGGUAGCGUAGCGAAGGGGGUUGGGGAGAAAGAGAGAGAGGAAGAGAAGCUCUUACCUGCAUCCUACCAUUCCACUUCCAGCGCACGGUUGGACCGACGCCUGGCUGCCUGUCGGUGAUCUUACCACAUCUGCCGCUCAGUCUGCAAAACGCACCGGCGUCCGUCACUCCAACGGUCCGUCCGGCGCGAACCGUAGCGUGGGCCACGUCCGAGUGUAUCAUCUGCCGGCAGGAUAUGCUGGGUCGUGGCGAGUUGCUGCGGCACCUCCGGCGGCAUCUCCUGUCCGAAUGGUGGACCGUUCGGGUGCUGGGGAGGUUCGAUCCCGAAACCACCAGCACAACAUCCGCCGACACCCUUUAUCUCUAACUUGUCCUUCCGAGCGUCGUUUAGGGGCCGCUCGGAACUCCCAACACUCAACAACCGAGCCUCGGCAUCGAGGUUAUGCACCCACGAGGAAAAACGUUUUACCUAGAGAAAGCUUUUUAGAUGGUAUGAUCAUUUUAGCACGUAGUGGUAUAACCGGCCCCGUUUUGUGUUUCUGUUUUUGUUUUGGUUCAACGGCAGAACCUCGAAACGCUGGUCCCGCCACCAAGUGCCCGCCAGAUCUUCACGGAACACGGGGAAACAAAAUAAAAACACAUAUCGACCCCCGGGGAAACCCCUGAGCGGAACCGAAUGCCAUGCCAUGAAGCGAGUGCAAUGAGGAGGAAAGCCAACCACCAGGUUCACCGGUUCCCGGGUUGGUUCGGUUCCGCUCGAAACAAUGUACACACCGUAUGCCCGAAGCGCCGGUACUAACCAACACCUACUCGUAAGAAAGUCGUAAUAUUGUGUAAAACUUCUAAACCAUUCGCACCAAGCGCAAUGUAAAGGAUUUUGGGGGUGCGUUCACGUUGUGUUUAAUGUGGAUUGUAAGAUGAAGAUUAUGUUAUUUUAUGCUAGCGAUACGAAUAAAAAAAAAAACACACACACUAUAGUCAAACAUA